AUGGAUUCUCCUCUGUUGCAUGAAUUCAAAAGGCAGGCUUCCUUCUUCCUCAAAGAGAAAAUCAAGAUUGCUCGACUCGCGCUUACAGAUGUUACUCAUACUCAACUGCUGGCAGAAGAAGCUACAACUGGAGAUUUGAUUGCACCAAACAUGCAAACCAUGAGGCUAAUAUCGCGUGCGGCCUUUGAAGUUGAUGAUUAUUGGAGGAUAGUUGAUAUUCUACAUAAGAGGUUGUCGAAAUUUGAUAGAAGAAAUUGGCGACCAUCUUAUAAGGCUGUGAUGUUAUUGGAAUACCUGUUAACUCAUGGACCAGAAAGUAUUGCAGAGGAGUUUCAAAGUGAUGAAGAUGUCAUCAGAGAGAUGGAAAGUUUUCAAUAUGUUGAUGAAAAAGGGUUUAAUUGGGGAUCAAGUGUUAGAAACAUGUCAGAGAGGGUGAUAGAGCUAUUGGAAGACAGGAGUUUCCUGAAAGAGGAGAGGCAGAGAGCGCGAAAAGUGACAGUUGGAAUAAAAGGAUUCGGGAGUUUCUGCAAUCGCCCUGUUUCAGGGGAAGAUAGCAUGAAAGACGAGAGGUACCUGAGAAGCAAUUCUGAGUUUACUGAUUGCCAAAACAAGGAGAACCAAAUUAUGGGCUCAGAGACUAUGUUCAUUUGCAAGCAAAGAUUGGCAAAUGCUCUUAUAAUACACAAGAAUGUUAUAGAUGAUCCAAUUAGUGAUGCCAUGGAAUGGAAUCAACAUCCAUUUUGUGAUAUCAGAGAUAAUCAUAGCCAAGCUUCAUUGCUUUCCACCUCUGGAUGAAGC